GACAUCAAUGUAAAUAGGCUACCUUUUCUCUGCAGCUCGAAUAUAUUCUAGACCUUCUUCAAUCUUCUUAUUUUCGGACAUGGUGACAAUUGCAAAUCCUGGACACAAUUUAUUAAUAAUCACCCACGCUAAAAUUUGUUCUGUCCAUUUAACUAGAGAUCAAUUGCAAAAUCCUCCAAUCAGAAAUUGUUUCUCUUUCCUGAGCUAGUCCUUCUCCUUCCGUACCGUACUUCUGUGCUUCUGUCGUCUGUCAAUUUCAGUGCGAGCUAAAUUUCUACACCGAAUUCAAAACAGCUGAUAUACAAAGCCUUCUGUAUUGGGAGUUUUAAUUUAUUUUUCAGAUGAUACUGACAAAACAUAACCUAAAAACAUCGUUGAGCGACAGGUUGACAUUUUGAAAAACCAGUAAUCACUGUAUAAUUUUUAAUUAAAUCAAUCUAAGUAUUUUUUGAUUAUAGUUUUUAUCAAAUACAUAAAGGAUGUGUGCAGAUCGUCUAGAGAAUGUGAACCCGGAACUGUUCCAAAAAUGCUUUGAAAGAGAUAUUACUCCUGAAGAAGAAGAUGAUAAUAUAGUCGAUGAAUUUGAUUCUAGAGAAAUAUUUGAUUUGAUAAGAAGUAUAAACGAUCCUGAACACCCUCUAACACUUGAAGAAUUGCAUGUUGUUGAACAGAAACUAGUAGAGGUGAACAAUGAAAACAACGAGGUGAACAUCCACUUCACGCCAACAAUCCCACACUGCAGUAUGGCGACCCUGAUAGGUCUUUCCAUCAGGGUGAAACUGCUCCGUUCACUGCCGGCACGUUUCAAGGUCAGUGUGGAGAUCACCCCCGGAACGCACCAAUCAGAAGCCGCAGUCAACAAGCAGCUGGCUGACAAGGAGCGUGUUGCGGCUGCCUUGGAAAAUAAAAACCUUAUCGGCGUCAUUAACCAAUGUAUCAGUGUGUAGAGCUUGGAUAAAUUGGUUAAAAUCUGUUUUUAUCUAGGACUAAAAGGAAGAGAAAAUCUAGUUCCUUACAAGAUAAUACAUGUCCUUUCCUGGUAAACAUUAUAAAUAUGUACCUAUUCUGUACUAGAGCUGUGUAUAGCUUCAAGAAUUUGUUUAGAAUUGAUGGUAUAAUAUAUAAAUGUAUAAUGUUCAGUUAAGAGAAAAAUAAUGAUAAUGGCCGAAAUGAAUAAAUCAUUCAUAAAUUAUUCUCAUAUUGACUUUUAUGAGGACGUUCAAAUAUUCUUCAUACUUUUAUUCAAUUCUAAACGUAGCUUCACUCUAGUAAACACCUAUCUACUUCUUGUACAUUGUUCAACGGGUUAUAAGAUGAAUGACCCUAGUCUAUCAACGCUAUGAAUGAACGUGUUUAAUUGCUUCAAGAGCAGCCCACCUUUAUCUCCUUACUUAACUAUCUACAGCAAUCAAAGUACCUACUCAUCAUAAGUGAUAGAAUACAGUCCAAUUUCUUUGAUUAAUUUGAUGAAAUAUAGAACUCAUGUAUUACCAAAUAUUUGUUUUGAAGAAUAAAUAAAUAUUUACGUUGAAUAGA